AUGACAGAAGAUCAGGACCUGAUGGCCAAGAUCAGCCAGCUUGCUGGCCAGAUCAAUAGACACAAGACCCAGAACCCCCAGACAUCAACGCCUUACGGUAGUGAUUACCAAUCAGGUCAUUAUGUAGCACGCCAUGUACCUUCUCGAGGGCGUCCCGGUUGGGCGCCAUAUCGCGGACGACCAUAUGGACGAGGCCGUGGCGCUGCUCCUCACCGACACCGUACACUCGUUCUCAACAAUACAGCAACAUCAGGGACACCAGGUGGUGCGACACCCUCUACUAACUCUGGGAUGGAUGUUGAUAGUGAGAGUCGAUCGACAACGCCAAAUGGAUGGGUUGCCAAGCGCGACCGACACAUGCAGUUGAUCAACUCUGCUAUAUACGACCAAGAAGCGCAGGCGAGAGCGAAGGCUAUGGAGGAGAGUCGCAAGGCUAAGGAGCAGAAAAAAUCAGAGAUCGAGCGGGCCAAAGUACUCAGAUACGCGCAGGGUGUCGGUAGGCAGUAUCCCGGCCCCGCCACUCCCCAGGUUGCUCCAGGGCCGUCGGCGGAGUAUCAGGUCUACCUCAACGACAUACCUUUCCGUGUCUCACGAGGCGGUAGUAAAUUGAUUAGGGUGUCUGGUGCGGCUUUCUCUGCUGCCACACUGACCAAGCGGGCUGGCUUACUGUUAAUAGAUGAUCCGAAUACUGUCAACAAUACACCAAAGAGGGUAACCAUUGCUGGUGUUACAUUUGUUCGGAGCAAAAAUGGGAAUCUCCAUCGUCUUGGCGCGGUUACUUCGAAAAGAAAGCCCAAUGCGACUAAGAAGAACGAGCUUUGCCGAAGAUUCACUACGACCGGUACCUGCUACAAAGGACCAUCCUGUCUCUACGUUCAUGACCCAGAUAAGGUUGCGCUGUGCAAAGACUUCCUCCAAACUGGUGAUUGCACUGCAGGUAUAAGUUGCGAUCUUUCCCAUGAGCCUUCGCCCCACAGAUCCCCUACUUGUAUGCAUUUCCUCCGAGGUCGCUGCUCCAACCCGGAGUGCCGAUAUGCCCAUAUCCGGUUGACUCCUGGCGCACCAGUUUGCAGAGAUUUUGCAAAUCUGGGUUACUGCGAGAAGGGCGCUAAUUGCGACCAACGACAUGUACAUGAGUGUCCUGAUUAUGCCAACACGGGUGUAUGCAACAAGAAACGUUGUCGCCUGCCCCAUGUUGAUCGUGCAGGACAGAUUCGGAAAAAUACUGGUGCUAACAAGGUCGAUGCCACGAAUGACGACGACUCUGACGCCUCUAGUGAGGAUGAAGAGUACGAUGAAAUCGAUUCUGAUGAUGUUGACUCAGACGAUCUUGACGAGGAUGAGCCGGAACUCAUCAUAAAAACAGACGGCAGUAACGAUCUUUCGCAGCAGCAGGAUUUCAUCCGCUUCUAA